GAACGCUGCUGCUGUAUGCUUACCAGAGCUACUAAGAUUUGAAAUAUCAGAAUGAAUCAACUGGUUAACUUUGAAUGAACUAAGGGAAUUUUCUCAAACGUUGCCUGAAUUUUUACUACUAAAUUAAUCCUAGAAUGAAGGCUGAUAUUCAAUGGAGCAAUAGGUUUACAUUAAUUACUCUUUUAUGUUCAGUCUAUUUUGGGUUGAUUCUUGGUUAUAAACCAGUUAUAAUUGUACAUGGUGUCAUGACAGGAAAUGAAACCAUGUUACCAAUGGCACAAAGAAUUCAAGAGCUUCAUCCGGGUACCAAAGUAUUUGUGACUGACAGGUUUGGUGGAUGGUCAAGUUUGAGACCCAUGUGGCAUCAAGUGAUGGAAAUUGGUUCAGAUAUUCUCCAGUUUAUGGCUUUUCAUCCAAGUGGUGUACAUUUGAUAGGAUAUUCUCAAGGGGGUUUGCUUUCCAGAGCAAUUUUAGAAUAUUAUCCUGACCAUAAUGUUAACACUUUUAUUUCAUUAAGUGCUCCCCAAUGUGGCCAAUAUGGUACAAAGUUUCUUCAUAUUUUCUUUCCUACAUUGGCUUGUGAAACAGCAUAUGAGCUCUUUUAUUCAUCUAUUGGGCAGCAUACGUCAGUUGGGAAUUACUGGAAUGACCCAUACCAUCAAAAACUUUUUUUUGAAUACAGUGCUUUUCUUCCUUAUGUCAACAACUUGGUUCUAUCAGAAAAUAGCAAGUUAUUUAAGAAAGGAUUUACAAAAAUUAAAAAACUAGUUUUGAUUGGUGGACCUGAUGAUAGUGUUAUCACACCAUGGCAAUCAAGUCAGUUUGGUUGUUUUGAUAGCAAUGGAUCUGUCAUUGAGAUGAGGGAUCAGCUAUUUUAUAAAAAUGAUUCAUUUGGACUUUUAACAAUGGACUCACAAAAAAAAAUUGACAUUGUCACAUUAAGUGGCUUAGAUCAUUCAGACUGGCAUACAAACAUGUCUGUUUUAGAUAAUUAUAUUAUUCCAUAUUUAGAUUAAGUUGGAAUCUAUAAUAUAACCAAUAAAGUAAAGAAUAUAUAUUUCUUACAAUUAUAUCAAUAUUAUACUGUUCAAUUUUAUAAUUCAUGUUCAAUUUAAUAAAUAAUUUUUGUAAAUAUAAUAAUUUAUUAUUACAGUG